UAAGUAUAAAUGCUAGUUCCUCCAGCAGACUGCGCUCAUGAGUGUGCAGAUUUGAGAGUUGUCAAUGCAUUGGUUCAUAAAAGGAAUGUUUGCUUAAUACUACGGAUGAUUUAUAAAUCGUACUAUUUUUAAUCAAAAAUAUAAUAUAAUAAAGUUGUUCGAAAAAUACAAAAUAGAUAGUCAUGGAUCGAUUAUUGAGACUAGGAGGUGCUAUGCCAGGUCUUAGCCAAGGACCUCCACCGUCAGAUGCUCCAGUUGUUGAUACUGCAGAGCAGGUGUACAUAUCGUCAUUAGCCCUUUUAAAAAUGCUUAAGCAUGGACGGGCUGGUGUACCUAUGGAAGUAAUGGGUUUAAUGCUUGGUGAAUUUGUUGAUGAUUACACUGUACGUGUUAUUGAUGUAUUUGCUAUGCCUCAAACAGGAACAGGAGUCAGUGUGGAAGCAGUUGACCCAGUAUUUCAAGCAAAAAUGUUGGACAUGCUGAAACAAACUGGUCGGCCAGAGAUGGUAGUAGGAUGGUAUCAUUCACAUCCAGGAUUUGGAUGCUGGCUCUCUGGUGUAGAUAUUAACACACAACAAUCAUUUGAAGCUCUUAGCGAAAGAGCAGUGGCUGUUGUUAUUGAUCCUAUACAGUCAGUGAAAGGAAAAGUUGUUAUCGAUGCAUUUAGAUUAAUUACUCCUAACACUAUGGUUUUAGGACAAGAACCCCGUCAAACUACAUCUAAUUUAGGUCAUUUACAAAAGCCAUCAGUUCAAGCAUUGAUUCAUGGCUUAAAUCGCCAUUAUUAUAGCAUUAGCAUUAACUAUCGUAAAAAUGAACUAGAACAGAAAAUGCUAUUAAAUUUACAUAAGAAAACAUGGAUGGAUGGUCUUACACUUGCUGAAUAUUCAGAACACAGCAAACUUAAUGAAAAUAUUGUAUCUGAAAUGCUUGAACUUGCUAAAAAUUAUAACAAGGCAUUAGAAGAUGAAGAAAAAAUGACACCUGAACAACUAGCUAUAAAAAAUGUGGGUAAACAAGAUCCAAAACGACAUUUAGAGGAAAAAGUGGAUACACUUAUGUCUACGAACAUUGUUCAGUGCCUGGGAGCUAUGCUUGAUUCAGUUGUAUUCAAAUAACUAUUUCUUAAAAUACCAUUUGCAAUAUUAUAAAAAAAUAUACAUCUUUUUAAAAUA